UGUGAUCCUCCUCCUCUUUUGAAUAGAUGCUCGUCGCCUCCGCUUUCUUGGCCUGCGCUUACGCCGCUGCCAACUACAACCAGGAUGCUGGUGCCUACAUCACCAAGAGUGGUGUCGAUAUCACCCCCGAGGGCAGCUACAACUACGCCUACGAGACCAGCAACGGAAUCGCCGCCCAGGAGUCCGGAUAUGGAGGCGCCCACGCCAACGGAGGCUUCUCGUGGUACUCGCCCGAGGGUGAGCUCGUCCAGAUCCAGUACGUCGCUGAUGAGAACGGCUACCAGCCCCAGGGAGCCCUCCUGCCCACUCCUCCCCCAAUCCCAGCUGCCAUCCUGAAGUCCUUGGAGUACAUCCGCACCCAUCCCCAGUAUGUUGAGCCCCAGUACCGCCAGCAGAACAGGAAAGUGUUCGGUUAAUCAGUAGAGGAAUCCUAUCCUGAAAACCUUUUAAAAGCUUUAUUACGAUUUG